AUGUCCGCGUGGACGUCCCCGCUCGAUCUCCACGACGACUCGGUGGACUUUGCGAGGAACCGCGUGGACGAGGACGCCGAGCGCGCGCGCGCGCGGACGUACGCCGCGAGCGCGCGCGCGCGUGCGCUCGGUGGGAUCGUCGACGCCGAUGACGCGCCGGACGUGUGCGUCAUCGCGGUCGGGAGCGACGCCGCGCGCGCGAUCGCGCUGGGAUGCGCGCGCGCGUGCGACGGAACGCCGCGCGGGGCGGUCGUGACGUCGGCGAGCGACGCUGAGGGACGGGCGACGCGCGCGAGCGCGCUGGGUGAACGGGCGCGGUUCGGGAGCGCGUGCGCGGCGAGCGUGACGACGAUUCACGUCGGGCGACGGGCGCGCGGGACGGGCGCGGUGGCGAUCGCGGAGACGCGCGGAGACGUCUCCGGGACGUGCGCUCGGGCGUGGGCGAGGGAGACGCUUCGUGCGUGCGGCGUCCGUGGUGGGUCGAAGACAAAGGUGCUCGCGUUGACGUCGUGUUCGGAGACCGAGACGAGCGAGGCGGAGAUGACGGCGGGAGAGAUCGAUCGAGUCGUGGCGUACGGAUUGGACACGGGAGCUCUGCGCGCGGAGUUGGAGGGGUCGGCGUGGCCGGCGCCGCCGCGCGCGUAUCCGGUCGGUCGGCUUUUGGAAUCGGUCGGGGCGUCGGCGCUGAUGAGCGCGUGCGACGCGCUCGGCGUCGCCGCGCGCGUCGUCGCGAUUCCAGAGAGUGAACCGGUUCGAGUGCUUUACUGCGGUGCCGACCUGAACGCCGUGAACGAAGCGGCGGCGCACGCGAGCGCGCUGCUCGGUCGAGUCGUGGAGCACGAUUACAAACCCCGUCUCGCCCCGAUGCGCGCGGAGAACGUGUACGCGUGA